CCUGUUUGAGUUCCUGUCCGGAGGAUCACGGAGGAUCACGGAGCUCCGGGUCGUGACGAGGGAGGAUCUGACGCCGGAAAAUACGACUCCUGAAGCGGGGGGCGGGGUGCGGGGAGGCGGGUCCCGCUGGAGCCUGCAGGUCCCUGGGGUGCAGCUUCCUGGAACCCCUGGACGUCUGCUCCAAUGGGACUGUCGCUGUUAAUGCGGUCUCCAUGGAAACGAGGCGUCACGACACGCCAAGAGAGGCACGCGGGACGGUAUAAAAGACGAGACAGAGACAGACCUGAGCACAGCACCGGACCCUGAACACAACACCGGACCCUGAGAUUAGGAACCGAACUUUGCUGAGAUGCUGCACGAGGCCCCUCUGAACCUCCACACCUUCAACAGGUGAGAAAAGAACCCGGAUGAAGCUCCACUUUUCUGAGUUUCGUCACUGACAGGUAGACCAAGAACAUUUACUGUCGAUAAACCCACUGACCUGUGUGUGUGUGUGUGUGUGUGUGUAGUGAUCCAGAUGGAUGUCCGGUGAUGACCCAAAGAUCUUCUCGGUACAAAAUGAAGCUCAGUGACGGUAAGAGAAGAUUAAACUGAACUCAAACAUUUAAAGAAACAGUCCGAGGUUUUUGUUUUUAGAUCAAAUCAAAUUAAAUCAAAAAAUAAAAUAAAUGAUAAAAACAUAAAUCAAUAUGAAAAAAACAACAGUGAUAAUUAUGAAAUAAAAUAACAAUAAUAAAUAAAAAUGACAAAGAUAAGAACAGAACACGAAGAAUUAAAAAUAAAUAACUGGAAAAAAUGAACAUAAAUGUUGAUGAAAAUGAUUUAAAAAUAUAAAACAAUAAGUAAUGAAAAUAAAUGAAAUCACAUGGAUAAAUAGGUCAUUUCAAAUUAAAAACAGAAAAUUGUUUAAACAAGAGAGAAAAGAAUUUAAAUCAUAAGUUUUAAGAUAAAAAUACAAAAACUUAAAUUAAUAUAAUCAAUGAUUAUAUAUUUAUAUAAACAAAAUAAAAAAAUACAUUAAAAAAUAAAAGAAGAAUUUAAAAAUAUAUAACUGGUAAAAAUAAACACAAUUAAAUAAAAAAAUGAAUAAAUAAAUAGAAUUAAAUAAUAGAAGAUAAGAUUAAUAAAGCAUUAAAAAAACAAAAAAUAAAUGAAUAAAAUAAAAUACAUAAAACUAAUGGAAAUUGAUAAAUGUUUGUAUUGCAAUAAACAAUAAAACUUAAAUAUAAAUGAAUAUGAUUUAAAAAAAUACAAUAAGUAAUGAAAAUGAAUGACAUCAAAUAGAUAAAUAAGUCAUUUUUAAACUUAAUACAGAAAAUUGUUUAAACAAAAGAAUUUAAAUACAUAGGAUUUAAGAUAAAAAUACAAUAACUUAAAUUAAUAUAAUCAAGAUUUAAAUAUUCAUAUAAAGAAAAUAAAUAAAUAUAACGUAAUUUAUAAAAAUAAAAGGAAAAAUGAAAAUUGAAUAGAAAUGACUUCAAUUGAAUUUAAAAGGACAGAGCAUGAUAGAAACGUGAAUAUUAAUGAGGUUUAAUCAAUUAGUAAAUAGAUCAUGUUCCUGGGGGGCCGACAGGGGUCCUCAGACCUGGUUUCUCCUCACCCCCUCCUCUCUCUCCUCCCCCCUCAGGGUCUUGGCCCCGGCUCGCCCGUCAGAUCUCCACCAACAGUCGUGAGCGCUGGCGGCAGCAGAACGUUAACGGGGCGUUCGCCGAGCUGCGGCGCCUCAUCCCCACGCACCCCCCCGACAGGAAACUCAGCAAGAACGAGAUCCUGCGCCUGGCCCUCAGGUACAUCAACUUCCUGGAUGGGGUCCUGUUAGACCAGGAGCUCGGCGGCGCCCCCUGGAGCCCAGAGGGGAGUGACGAGCAGGAGGACAGACUGCAGGGGGCGCUGUCACCAAACUCCAGCUGUGAGAGUGAUGGAGACUCUGACUGUGGAGGAUCUCUACACCUGAGCUUCACCUGAGUACAGGUGGACCAGCAGGACCAGGACUGUGGUUCUGGUCCACAGUGUUGGCUCCAGAAGAGUCCGGGAUUGUCGAAAACAGUUUGGUCCUUCAAAAACACAUGUUGAUGUUUCGGAGGUCAAAGGUCAUGUGAUAUUCACAUUUAUCAGACUCCAGUGAGUCUGUACGUUUCUGCUUUAGUUCCACCAGAGAAGAAGAACUCAUGGUUACUCGUCCAGCAGAAGAAGAAGAAGAAGAAGAAGAAUGUGAAUGUCGGUUUUUUUUUACGGCAGAUUAAUGUGACGAGUUAAUUUUGAUCUUCUCUGAGGGAAAAUGAGACGAUGCUGUGUGUGUGUGUGUGUGUGUGUGUGUGUGUGUGUGUUUUAGAGUGUGUAUCUGCGCUCUCAGCAGGUGGAUCAGUAACCAGAUUCAGUUUCUUUGAAUUUAAAGGAACAGUUGGUGAUGUUUGGAGGAAAUGUUUGUCUCUCUGAUCAUUUUUAUCAUGAGCACAAAUGUUUGUGUCCUGAUGAAAAAUAAAAGUAUUUUAAAAUGUCCUCAACUUAAUCGUACUGUACAAUGACUUUGUUUUCAUUAUAGAAUAUGAAAAUUUUCUUCAAAAUAAAAUUUGAAAUUUUAACAAACAA